AUGAACAUAAAAGGCCCAGGAAUUAGUCCUUCCACCUACAGUUUAAUACAAGAGAUCAAUGUUUUCCUAAAAGAAGAACGUGGAGGGACCGAGGUUUCCCCCGAGGAAGAAGACAAGAAUGUCAGCUUCACACUGAACAUACAAGCUGAAGGAACUGAAGUUUCCACGAAGAGGUUAGUCGGCCACAUCAAGGCUUUCCUUACCGAGGAAAAGGAAAUCACUGAAUAUUCGCUGAAUGUAAGAGGCCAAGGAAUCCCUGGGCAACCCAACUCAGCAGAACAGCGGAUCCGAUUUACUCUGCAUAUAAAAGGGCAAGGGAUGGAAUCAGCUCUUAAGAGAUUACUCGAAAAGACCAGGUUUCUUCUCCUAGCCCAAAAGGAAUUGCGUAAUAUUUCAAUGAACGUAAAAGGCCCAGAAAUUAGUCCUUCCACCAACAGUUUAAUACAAGAGAUCAAUGUUUUCCUAAAAGAAGAACGUGGAGGGACCGAGGUUUCCCCCGAGGAAGAAGACAAGAAGGUCAGCUUCACACUGAACAUACAAGCUGAAGGAACUGAAGUUUCCACGAAGAGGUUAGUCGGCCACAUCAAGGCUUUCCUUACCGAGGAAAAGGAAAUCACAAAAUAUUCGCUGAAUGUAAGAGGCCAAGGAAUCGCUGGGCAACCCAACUCAGCAGAACAGCGGAUCCGAUUUACUCUGCAUAUAAAAGGGCAAGGGAUGGAAUCAGCUCUUAAGAGAUUACUCGAAAAGACCAGGUUUCUUGUCCUAGCCCAAAAGGAAUUCCGAAAUAUUUCAAUGAACAUAAAAGGCCCAGGAAUUAGUCCUUCCACCUACAGUUUAAUACAAGAGAUCAAUGUUUUCCUAAAAGAAGAACGUGGAGGGACCGAGGUUUCCCGAGGAAGAAGACAAGAAGGUCAGCUUCAAACUGAACAUACAAGCUGAAGGAAUUGAAGUUUCCAUGAAGAGGUUAGUCGGCCACAUCAAGGCUUUCCUUACCGAGGAAAAGGAAAUCACAGAAUAUUCGCUGAAUGUAAGAGGCCAAGGAAUCGCUGGGCAACCCAACUCAGCAGAACAGCGGAUCCGAUUUACUCUGCAUAUAAAAGGGCAAGGGAUGGAAUCAGCUCUUAAGAGAUUACUCGAAAAGACCAGGUUUCUUGUCCUAGCCCAAAAGGAAUUCCGAAAUAUUUCAAUGAACAUAAAAGGCCCAGGAAUUAGUCCUUCCACCUACAGUUUAAUACAAGAGAUCAAUGUUUUCCUAAAAGAAGAACGUGGAGGGACCGAGGUUUCCCCCGAGGAAGAAGACAAGAAGGUCAGCUUCACACUGAACAUACAAGCUGAAGGAAUUGAAGUUUCCAUGAAGAGGUUAGUCGGCCACAUCAAGGCUUUCCUUACCGAGGAAAAGGAAAUCACUGAAUAUUCGCUGAAUGUAAGAGGCCAAGGAAUCCCUGGGCAACCCAACUCAGCAGAACAGCGGAUCCGAUUUACUCUGCAUAUAAAAGGGCAAGGGAUGGAAUCAGCUCUUAAGAGAUUACUCGAAAAGACCAGGUUUCUUCUCCUAGCCCAAAAGGAAUUCCGUAAUAUUUCAAUGAACAUAAAAGGCCCAGAAAUUAGUCCUUCCACCAACAGUUUAAUACAAGAGAUCAAUGUUUUCCUAAAAGAAGAACGUGGAGGGACCGAGGUUUCCCCCGAGGAAGAAGACAAGAAGGUCAGCUUCACACUGAACAUACAAGCUGAAGGAAUUGAAGUUUCCAUGAAGAGGUUAGUCGGCGACAUCAAGGCUUUCCUUACCGAGGAAAAGGAAAUCACAAAAUAUUCUCUGAAUGUCGAAGGCCAAGGACUCCCUGGGCAACCCAACUCAGCAGAACAGCGGAUCCGAUUUACUCUGCAUAUAAAAGGGCAAGGGAUGGAUUCAGCUCUUAAGAGAUUACUGAAUAAGACCAGGUUUCUUGUCCUAGCCCAAAAGGAAUUCCAAAAUAUUUCAAUGAACAUAAAAGGCCCAGAAAUUAGUCCUUCCACCAACAGUUUAAUACAAGAGAUCAAUGUUUUCCUAAAAGAAGAACGUGGAGGGACCGAGGUUUCCCCCGAGGAAGAAGACAAGAAGGUCAGCUUCACACUGAAAAUUCAAGCCCAAGGCGCUGACUAUUCUAUGAGACUUUUAGCCAUUGGGAUCAAAGCUUUUCUUACUAGGGAAACGGGAAUCACAGAUCAUUUCACUAAAACUGAUGUUGAAUGGAUUGGUGGAUCAGGAAACAGCAUAGAAGACAAAAAGCUCCUUACCCUGAACAUAAGGGGACAAGGAACUGAACCAUCUAUUAAGAGAUUAAUCCAAAAGAUCAUGUUUCUUCUAAAAGGCAAAAAGAAGAUCCAUGAUAUAUCCCUGAACAUACAAGGCCAAAGAAUUAGUACAUCAAUCAAAAAAUUAAUCCAAAGCAGUAAUGAGUUCCUGAACACAGAACACAGAGUGACUGAGGUUUCAUCCAAGGAAGACAGAAAGGUCAGCUUCACGCUGAAUAUACAAGCUCAAGGACCAGAAGUUUCCAUGAAGAGAUUAGUCACCAACAUCAAGGCUUUCCUUACAAAGGAAAAGGAAAUCACAGAUCAUUCCCUGAAUGCUGAAGGUCUACAAAUUGGUGGGGCACCCAACUCAGCAGAACAGCAGACCCGAUUUACUCUGAUCAUAAAAGGCCAAGGGACGGAAGCAGCUCUCACCAGAUUAGUUCGAAUGAUCAAACUUUUCCUUUCAGGCAAAAAGGAAAUCACUGAUAUUUCCUUGAACAUUAGUGGCCAAGGGAUUAGUUUUUCUCUCAAUAAAUUAAUCCCGGAGAUUAAUGUUUCCCUUAACGUUUAAGGUGAAAAGUCUGUUGCUUCCUUCAAUAGUAAAUGUGUUGAAGUGCAAAGGCAGUGUUCAGUGCUAGAUAACGGAGAGGUUAAAUGUAGCAAAGUAUUAAACUAUAGCAAAUGUCCUAACUAAUACAUUCUAGGCCUAAUAGCUAAUUUUUAUCUUAACAGAGGUUUCCCAGUGAGCUGAUUCCUUUCAGAAUAAAACUUUCAAAGUCACAUCAGAGAUUGAAAUGGAUUCUUUUCUCAAUAUUGGAACUGUUCCCUGUGCACCUAUAUAUAUAUAUAUAUAUAUAUAUUUGCCACUAUGGAAUGUUCUCCCCUCCACACCCCUUAGCUCUCUUUUGCGGCUUCUCCUGUCUGUUUCAGAGGCUAUUAUUAUUAUUAUUAUUAUUAUUAUUAUUAUUAUUAGCAUAUGCUCUGGAUGGAAAUGGACUAAAGCCCUAUUUUGCACUUGUAAGUGCUUGCACUAUGCUUCUGCUUUUGGGAUUGGUUAAAUGAAUCCUUUCCAUUGCACAAUGGAAAGAGUCAUGGUAUUUCAAUUGUAUUAUGAUUUUCUUUCCCCAAAGUGUCUGGGAGAGGUUUUUUUAUUUCAAAAUAAGUUUGGGCCUUUGGCCUCCUCUGUUAAGCACCAAUGGUUUCAUUUAAUGGUCAAGUAUAUUUGUCGAGGCUACCAGCAUGAGGUUGACUAAACUGCAGGAGGCAGUGGAAGACAGAAGUGCUUGGAGUGCUCUGGGCCAUGGGGUCACGAAGAGUCGGACAUGACUAAAUGAGUAAACAACAACAAGAAGAAUAUUUGUCGACAAUGAUGCUGAAAGUGCUUCUCUUCACCCUUGCUGUCUGUUCUUUCUAGCUGCACUGUAUCUUGCUUUCUAAUCUAUUGCAUCUGCGACUCAUUGUUAUUCUACCAGGGCUUAAUUUUGUGCUCUAGCCCAAUCCAGGAUGAGUCAAAUAUUCCUCCCAGAUGCUGUCACUAAAACAUCAUUAGUGAGAAAAAGCACUACUGGCUGUGGUGCAUAUUCCUGAUGGUGCACGGCUCUCAUUAGACCCACAUCCAUAUGAAUUCCUGAGUCACUGAAUUCUAAAUGUUCUUUUUUAUGUCAGAUGUUGGGUUCUCAAAUGUGACUCUUGCAAACUGUCCCACAUUUCUCUGGCUGAGGCCUUGUCAGGGACAAACUAAACCUGAUGGAUGCUAACCCUGUAGACACACCGAUGACAACAGGUUGUCAGGUAGAUGACACUGAAGAAGCAUUUUCUGACACUACACUGUACAGAAGUGUGCUAGGCAAACUAAACUUUGUUGCUAGAUGUUCAAGACCGGACAUUGCAGUUAGCUGUAAUUUGCUAAGCAGACAAGUCAACAAUCCUACUGUUAAGGAUUUGAAAGCUCUGAAACGCAUAGCACACUAUUUAAAAUGCACUAUGGAUUACAGACUGAGAUUUAACAAUCAGAAGUCUGGAGGUCUUGAAACAUUUGCAGAUGCAAGUUUUGGAAGUGACACUACAGACAGGAAAAGCACGUCUGGAGUUUGCUAUAUGUACAAUCAGGGUCUAUUUGAUUGGUCGUGCAAGAGGCAAACAACAGUUAGCUUAAGUACUUGUGAACACUGAAGAGACGCAAAAAUAUAUUUGCAUGAUUUAAUAACAAAACUCCUCUAACAUACAUCUUAUAUAGUGUCUAUAAUCAUCACCCACCCACCAAUCAACCAGGGGUCAGAGAAAGUACAUACUACACAUUAUAUUGCUGACACAGCUAAUUGCAGUGACUUAUCAGCACCUACUACACUGCUACACAGCUUUAAAAACUAGGUCAGGAUAUGCACCCUGGCUUUUAAAGCGGUACACACACUGUGGAACAAUAAUGAACCCUAACAUUUAAACAAACUAUUCAACAUUCCCCUGUGGUUCAUAAUUGUGGAACAGAAACAUAAAGGAUAUUCUGUACAUAUCUAUCAUGUGUGACCUUCAGAGUGCCUUAGUAAAAAUGUCAGCAAUUUGGUUGUCACCUGAAACAUACUGAAAAGCGAUUAUUUUGUCAGCAAUUAGCUUAUUUGCAAAUUGCAAACAUAAUCUCAAAACUCUAGUGCGUUGCGUAUUAGUUUCUGAACACAGAAGAGCGAGUUCACUCUGGGAAUCGAGGUAGACAUUGACUGGUAG